AGUCGAUCAGUUGCGUGCGCCGCUGCCGCUUCAUGAGGCUGGAGAGCCGGCGAGGAUCCUGUAAUUUGGAGAAUAAACACUCGUGACAGCAGGCAGCUGUCUCAGAUGGAAGAGCGGCGGGACGCUGUGGCUCUGGAUUUUUACCCACUCAUGUAUAGUGACACCUGGGAAGUUUAGAGAGGUAAUACCUCUGGCACAAACUGCUUCUAAUUGGUGUUGGAGACUAUUAAGACAACUCUGAUUUGCCUUGAAGUCUGUCGGACAGAGAGCUACACCUGUGAGACUGAAAACACCUGGUUGCUUGUUUUGAAUCACUGAGACAUAUGGCGAUGACACAUGCUUCAUCGCAUGGUCUGAGAGGCGUCCGCUAUCCUGACUGCACCUGAAAGGAAGGGGAAAAUAACUGGCUUGAGGCAGGACAAGGGGAGUAACCUGUGAUUUCACACUCCACCUUACUCUGCUGAGCAAGACGAGCCGUUUCCAGGUGUUGAGACCUGACUCACGUCAUCUCAUCCCUUGGAUCAUCACUCUCUUGCCUCAUCGCGUCAGCUGUUCCAACCCUCUCACUCUUUUCCAAUGGAGCCGCUCGAAACGCGCAACAAGCGGCGCCAAUUUAUGUGCCUCCGAGCCGCCUGAGUCGGAUUCCACUCGCCGGCACUAGAAACAGAGAGCGGUGAGAAACGUCCUGAGCGCUUGGAAGCUGUGGUUGAACCAAGAGAAGCAUAAUGUGGAAUCAAUCCAGCUACUGUAACCACAUACCUCAUCCUGGAUACCCCUUUUACCAUGCUCCAUGCAGUCAUAACCAAAGGAGCACGUCGUUCUGUCAUCCUGUAACCGGACAGAUUUCCUCAGAGAACGUGGACUUCCUCCUGCAGGAACAGUCGCAGGGUCCUCGCAUGAUGUCCAGAUUCACGGCAGAGCAGCUGUCCAGCACCACUGUGAGUGAGGCCUCCACCGCCAUCACGUCCUCCACCGUGGACUCCGCCUCUGCCUCCAAGGCCUCUAGAUCCAGUGGGAAGAUUCACAGCUUUGGGAAAAGAGAACAAUCCAUCAAGAGGAAUCCCAACGUCCCAGUGGUGGUCCGAGGAUGGCUAUACAAACAGGACAGCUCUGGGAUGCGCCUUUGGAAGAGGAAGUGGUUUGUCUUGUCUGAUUUCUGCCUUUUCUACUACAAAGACAGCAGAGAGGAGGCGGUCUUGGGCAGUAUUCCUCUGCCCAGCUAUGUCAUUUCACCCGUUGGCCCCGAAGAUCACAUCAGCCGCAAAUAUGCCUUCAAGGCUAGCCACACCGGUAUGCGUUCAUACAUUUACAAGCAGAGCUCUGUGAUUGGCUCGCAGGCAGAGCACACUGGCAUGCGGACGUAUUACUUCAGUGCCGACACCCAGGAGGACAUGAGCACCUGGCUGAAAGCCAUGAACCAGGCUGCGCUGAUGCAGAACCACCCCGAUAGGCUCAGACCCGUUGACAAAGUCACCGCGUUGUUGCAACAAGCUGUCCCGCAGACAAACCACGUGAAUCACCAGAAGACCAUGAAGACCAGGGACUCUGAGACCACAAAAGCAAUUGUCCACGAAGUUCUGCUGGAGCCCAUCCACCGAAACGCAGAGGAGCUCUACAGCUUUCACCAGGAGGCCGGCAGCGUCACCCUGGAGCGCCAUGGGGGGACCGCCUGUUUGGAGACGGACAAACAGAGCCCCCUUCCAUCCAGACCGCCAGCCGCCUCUGCCCUCCCGCUGUCGGACCGCGUGUCCGCGUCUGCUCCCGUGUCCAGAGUGACGUCCCGCGCUCCGUCACGAGCCGCCUCGACGUUGCCUUCCAGCCUUUGCACGAGGAACGGCCUGGUGUCCACGCCCAGCCCCAUCCUGGAGCCCAACGGCAUCGCAGCGGGGACGUACCAGAGGGCGCCGGAGCCAGCAGCCUCCGACACGUUCAAGCAUCUGCAGAGAAGAAACACUCUGGAGCAGGUGGAGCAGUGGGUCAAAGUUCAGAAGGCUGAGCAAAGGGGCCCUCCCUCCAGAGAAAACACCCUUCCCCGUCGGACGCCGCCCACUCAGCACAAGUACACCUCCAUGGAUGCCUUUCAGACUUUGCCAAAAACUCCACGCCACAGCCCCCCGUCGGGUCGACUCGGCGAGUACAAGUACGCCCAGGACCGGCUGAGCCACUUCCGCCUCACCCCAGACCAGGGGCGCUCGGGGUCCAACACCGUGCUGCAGCUGUACGAGUGGCAGCAGCGCCAGCAGUUCCGUCACGGCAGCCCCACGGCGCCCAUCUACACCCCGGCCCCGGAUUACCCGUUCGGGCCCCGGCCCCCAUCCACCGUGCCGCCCUCCUCCUCGUUGCGCAGGUCGGAGGGUUCUCCUCGCUGCGUGUCGGUGCCGCCGUCUGCGGCAGACAUCCCACCACCGGGGCCUCCGGCCGGCACCAGCAGGACGCUGUCGCCCAACCGAAGGCCGCACACUCCCGCCGAACGGGUGACCGUAAAGCCUGCUGGGGAUGGGCCUUUGCUGAACGUCCCCUUCACCGUGUCCCCCCGAAGGAGCAAGUCUCAGAUGCUGAAGGCUGCUACUAUUGAAAGACGCUCGAUGCCUCAAACUGGCUACAUCACUCACACAGUCAGCGCUCCAAGCCUUCACGGCAAGACGCCGGAGGAGCUCACGCUGCUCCUCAUUCAGCUGCGCCGCCACCAGGCCAAGAUGGCCACUGUGCGUCAGCAGACCUUAGCUCACAUCCAGCAGCUAAGCGCUCCCAGAGAGUCCUACCACCAAAACCGCCUCCUGACCGCUGUCGCCGCGAGCGACAGCCCCCUCCUCAGCGCCACUGCGUCUCCCGAGUCGCACCUCGGAGAUGUCGGCCCCUGCAGCGUCCAGGCCGAUGACACGUACAUGCAGCUGAAGAAGGACCUGGAAUAUCUGGACCUAAAGAUCAGAGCUCUAGAGCCGCUGAUCCUCGCAGUUCACAGUUUACUACUGCACUGCACUGCUGGGCCACUCAGGCCUUUAAUGAACGUAGCUGGAAGUCAGGCGCUGAAGGAGGCGGGGAAGCCUGUCAAGGUUGCAGAAAGCGAUGUGGACGUGAAGUUGAGUCGCUUAUGUGAACAGGACAAGAUUCUGAAGGACCUGGAGGCGAGGAUCAGCUCCCUGAAGAACGACAAGGACAAGCUGGAGAGAGUGCUUGACGUGUCUCACCAGCAGAUGGAGCAGUACCAGGAGCAGCCGGCUCACGUCCACAAGAUCGCCUACCAACAGAGGCUGCUGCAGGAGGACCUGGUGACCAUCAGGGCCCAGAUCUCCCGCGUCUCAACGGAAAUGGCGCGUGCGUGGGAGGAGUACAACAGGCUGGAGCAGUCAGUGGAGCUGCUAAGGCUGGCACUUCAGGCACACAUGACCCACAACGACACGUCUCAGCAGGAAAAGGCUGAACUGAAGCGGGAACUGUGGAGGAUCGAGGACGUCAUGGGGGGUCUUAGCGCCAGCAAAGCCAACUACAAGAUAACUGUGGACUCUAUUCAGAAUCCAGCAGACAGGAGAUUAGUGCCUUCGGUGUCGGACCAGGCGGUGCCUUCGGGCGGCGCGGAGGUCCAGCCUCCUCCCCGCAGCUCCAUCACUUUGCCUCACAGCACCGUGCCAAAGUGGGCAGAGGACGACGCCCCGCCCAGGCCGCCGCUGCCUCGUCUCUAUGACUACGAGGAGACGCCCCCCGUGGUGCCUCCGCUCCCCAAGGAGGCCUCGGUCAUCCGCCACACAUCUGUGCGAGGGCUCAAACGGCAGUCAGACGAGAGGAAGCGAGACAGGGAAGGUGGCCAGUACAUUGCCAAUGGAGACUGUAAGGCUGAUUUGAGGUCAUACCUGAGCGAACCAGAGCUGUCAGGAAGCAGCCAGCCAGUCACAGCGUCUGAAGCCGACUACCAGUAUUACCCAAGCAAAGGUUUGUUAGGAACCACGUCUCGGCUGGACCAGUCCAACUCCAUCUCGUCCUACGUCACCUUGAGGAGGGCUCCCGGCAGCGCCGCACCAAAGGACCGACCCAAAAGCGCCUUUGAGCGCCUGUCGUCCCCCACGGAGGGCGGCCCGCCCCACAGCAGCCAAACCCGAGGCCGGAUGACCGCCGAGGAGCAGCUGGAGCGCAUGAAGCGCCACCAGAGGGCGCUUGUCCGCGAGCGCAAGAGGAACCUUAGCCACGGCGAGCGCUCCGGCGGCGCAGGCCCGGCAGCGUCGGGGUCUCAGCGCUCGUCGUCUGCGUCCUCCCGGCUGCCCUCCAGCCCCUCCGUGUUCGACUGGCAGCAGGAGCGACCUGGAGCUGAAGGUCAGAGCGAUGAAGGCCUGAACCUGGUCAGAGAGAGGGAGACCAGGGACUCUGACGAGUGGGUGUCGGUCACAGCCAGGCUCGUCCAGGAGGCUGACCUGGAGCCCCUCCACUACGACCUGGACAUCAGCCGGGAGCUGUCCAAACCGGACAAAGUUGUGAUCCCGGAGCGCUACGUCGAGUCGGACCCAGAGGAGCCGCUGAGCCCAGAGGAGCUGGAGGAACGCUGCCGGCGGGCCGAGCGCAUCAAGAACCUUCUCACCAGGUCCAGUGUCCAGAACAUCCAGCCAUCAGCAUCGCUGGAAUUCAGUGAGCUGGACUCGGCUAUGGAGGAGCAGGAGAGGAUCAUGAGCGUCUCCUACGCGCUGGCCUCAGAGGCUUCACGCAAGAGUAAACUGGUUGCAGGGACUGAGUGGCUGGAGAGCUGGUGAGCAGGCCCGGUCCAGCCAAAGCUGCUGCUCAGCACUGACCCACAGGACCGGCAGAGGGGACGCGCUGUAAAACAGAAGGAAACGCCGUGGAGAAGGAGCUCCACGCUUUUUCAUCAAAUUAACUUAUUCAGUCAUUAAAACAAAUAGUUUUUUUUAAAAAAAAUAAUAAUUUUAAUACACAUUUUUGAAGCUAUGUUUUUUAAUCACAGAUUUUUACAUAAUACGUUUUUAUUGCUUCUGCACUUACACUGCACAUUUUACAGAGAAUCAUAAAAUGACUAAACUUCCUUUUUGUGCGUUCUGGAUUUUCAAGAUAAAAGUCAGUCGGCGCGCUCGGAUUGCAGUGGGAAUGUUUAGGUGACCAGUUUGUUUGCCUGGUGGAUUGAGAUUCUUUUAUUUUUUGGGUUUGUUUUUUUUCUCAAUACUGUCUCAAAACUGUCAGAAUGUCAAAUAAUUUCAACACAUCAGAAAAACAUAAGAAUGUCAGGCUACUUAAAAUAAAUAAUGAGAUAAA